AUGGAAAAGGGGUGCUUCGGAUCGGGAGUAAUCACUAGUGAUAGGGCAAAAAUAGGAAGGACAAAGGAAAGAGCGAUGCCUACAUUAAAUCAAUUGAUUCGUCAUGGUAGAGAAGAAAAACGGCGCACGGACCGUACUCGAGCUUCGGAUCAAUGUCCCCAGAAGCAAGGAGUACGCCCGCGUGUUUCAACGAGAACACCGAAAAAACCAAAUUCAGCUCCACGUAAGAUAGCCAAAGUACGAUUGAGCAAUCGACAUGAUAUAUUUGCUCACAUUCCGGGCGAAGGUCAUAAUUCGCAGGAACAUUCUAUGGUGUUAAUAAGAGGAGGUAGAGUGAAAGAUUUGCCAGGUGUGAAAUCCCAUUGUAUUCGAGGAGUCAAGGAUUUGUUGGGAAUUCCGGAUCGAAGAAGAGGCAGAUCCAAAUAUGGUGCAGAAAAACCCCAAUCUCUAUGAAUGGAAAAGGGGUGCUUCGGAUCGGGAGUAAUCACUAGUGAUAGGGCAAAAAAAAAGGUCGGGGAAAGUAAAUCUGACAUUAAAAUGCUAG